AUGAGUGAGUUGACAUCUGAAAAGAUCGCUAAAGCUCUCAAGGGAGCUGGUCUUUCAAGCAAACAAAGAAUCGAAAAGGCCCAAGAAGCUUGGUCCAAUGAUGCCAUCUUUUUCCCCAACAAAGACGACUUUCUAUUCGACUGGAUCUGUUCAGCAUUUGCGAAACCCAACAUGAAAAAACUGGAUGAUUGCUGUCUGCUUCAACUUUCCUACUGGGCAUUAUUGACAGAUUUGCUGCACUAUUACGCCGAGAAAGCUCGCCUCGAUCCCAAACGCAAUGUGCCUACUGUCCACGCCAACAUUGUAUUGUCAGUCUCCACUCUUUUGCAGCAGUUGGAUAAAAGCCACCUCGACAAACCUCAACAACGCAUUGAAUUCUAUACUGCUGUUCACACUUGCCUCGAGAUCUUGUUCUCUGACACCUUUGCCUUGUCCUAUCGACCUGCAUUUGAACAUGUAUCCACUGCUGUAGAUCAAGUAUUGGCUACCAUGACAACACAGAUUGAUCUAUGCAACAGGAAUGAGACAAAUACAGUCGAGUCAAACGCCUUGUAUCAGCUUGCCCUCACCGCUCAAGUGCUGCUGAAAAAGUACGACUCACAACUAGUGUUGGCUGCAAAUCAGAAAAAGAUUUUCUCUUCCAUUGUCGACAAAUCACUUGUUAAAUUUCUGGGUGUGCGCCGAAGAAUCAACUUGCUUAGCAGCACAAACGACACAGCCAACAUCUCACACAUCAUUACGGAUAUUAUUCGUCACGCUCUGUUUCACGCUGAUACUGUGUUGGAAUAUACCUCUGUUUUGAAGGAUGUCAUUGCCACUGACAACACAACAACCACAAGUGGAAAUGUCAAGCAGACCAACUAUGUCGUCAAGUUGUUUGAAACGCUGGAAGCUAUGGUGAGCAAUACCAAAGACAAAGAGCAAAUGUUGGAUGCCGUGGAUAUCACACCUACCUUGUUUUCAGCAUUUCUCGACGCCUUUAGACAGAAACGUAACACAAGCACCAGUGCAAUGCAGGAUAUCAGCAGAAUGGCAGAAUUCGGCAUCUUUGUGUACUUGCUCAAGAUUCUGUCCUGCAUCAAAGAAACACAUGUAGCCGUCUAUUUGGAGUCGUUAUGUCGAUUAUUGAAAGAGUUGUUGCAAUGGAAUGUCUACACUGCUCGUAAUGAUGAUAUUGCCAAGUCGCAGCAACUAGUGCUGAAUGAGAUUGCUGAUAAUGUGGUGAUUUAUCUGGACGACUCUAAGCGUUAUGAUCAAGCACUUGUAUUGGACGUGGCUGAUGCUCUUCUUCAAAUUGAUCUCUCAUUGAUUGAAAGUCGUAUCCAGGCGUUGUGGCCUUCCAUGUUGAAUCCUAAAGCCAAUGCCUAUGAAUCAUGCUUGAAGUUCUCGACGUCCGUUUUACAUACCUAUUCAGCUUCCAGACAGAUGGAUGUAUUCGUCACGGAUAUUAUCAAGAACAUUGGACAAAUGGAGGCUGAUGAUGUGUAUACGUUAUUGACAAAGCCCUUGUUUACCAGAGAUUUCCUGAACGAAUUCAGCGCCUUGGUCACAAAAUCCAUGCCUGCUGCUCAAGCUUUAGGCAUCUUCAACGAACUGCAAACCGCCUUGAUUAGCAACGUAUACACCCCCAAAGACAAGCCAGUGUCCAAAAAGCAAAAGAAAAGCACUUUUGUUCCCACCAAAUCCGACGCUCUCCUGAUCACCAUUUAUUUUGUCGAGUUCACAAAUGCAUUGAAGUUAAACCAACAUCAGCUGAAAUCAUUUGAAUCCUCUGUUGUGGGUGUAUUCGAGCAGUUUGUCAAACCCAGUAUUCAAGCCUGGAUCAAGACAAAAGACAAUAUUGAAGCCACUAUUUUACCUGCUAUGCGAAUUCACUCGACUUUGAUUACAGCCUUCUUUGAAACAUAUACAUCCAAGCUUAGCAAAGAAGAUUGGGAAUGGUUGGCAACGUUGUACUUGGCUGUCUUUCAUCACAGCGUCAAGUUGGAUACGUUGGGAUCACGCAUUGUUGCCGUUACUUGUGCCAAUAACAUGCUUCAACAUGUAUACUAUGCGUCUCUGGCACAAAACAAGGCCGCUGAGCAAACAACUGAUCUGGUCACUGCUGUUGUUGAUUUCGUCACUAAAUCAGAAAAGAAGACCACUUGGUUUGAGAACACAGAAUGGAAUGGUGUCAUGUUGGAUCUCAGUACCCAAAAUACUGUGAAGCUUGCUUGUUGGAAGCUGAUCUCUGACGAGUGGUUUGAAUCUGUAGCUCGCUUUGCAGAUGGUUCUAGAGCCGAAAAGAUUGCCAACAUCAUCUUUAAAUCACUGACAAACGAUACACACGCUGACACUUUGGUGUCUGCUCAACAUUUGAGCAAAACACUCCUUAGAUCUGCCAACUUUUAUGAAGCCAAGUGCUUUAAAGACUGUAGUAUGAGUACUAUUUUGGCUACACUUGCUGAAUGCUUCAAAACCAAGCUUGUCAAAUCGAGUGCAGGCGAACUAUCCACUAUGGCAGCCAAGAUGAUUGCAUCUAUCGACCUCAGCAAACCCCUUGCCAUGGAUCAAAAAGACAUCCAGGCAUUAUCAGCAGCCGUUCAAGCCAGGGAAGAUGCGAUGGAUCAAGAUGUCUCUGCGACUAGCACUGACAAUGUAAACAAGAUCAGCACACUGCUGAAGCUUGUCUUGCUCUUCCCCAAUGAGUACUUUGAAAAGAACGAGCGUCCUCAGGCACUGUAUCUUGCUACGUUGGUUGAUAUCUGGUCGGUGAAUUGCCAGGAUGCUGAUCAGGUGGCCCGCAUGAAGGUGUCACUGAUGUGCAGAACGCUUCAUAUGCGAUUCAUGGGGUAUUUCAGUGUCAAUAGUAUCUUGGGCCUCGAUUCAAAUAUGCUGGACUGGCUUGUCAUGUCGAAUCAGACAUAUGCUUCUAGCAGCUCGUUGGACCUGUACAGCUCUCUUGACAGUGUCACUAACGAACUUGACUUAAACAUUCUGCGUAAAAUUAUCUUGAGUGCCGGUGCAAAGGUCCCUGAAGAGCACGCUGUCAACUACUUUAAAGAGACAUUACAACGUCGUGUGCAAGAUCUCGGUCAAAGUCCAGAAUUGGCCAAGCUGAUCAACCUUUUGAGAGCCAUCAAUUUGGCUUUGAGCACUAGAAAAGCAGCUGAUGUCGAUCUUUCCAAUACUAUCUAUGCCGUCGAUACUGUAUCUCAAGUGAGCAAAUACAUCAUUGCCUCUUUGACCAGAGCAAAGAGCACCAUUGCCACCAUCUUGGAUCAAGUCAAGAGUAAGCCUAAGGAGACAUCAUCUAUCGUUCAGGAAAAGACAACCAUCUUUGAUAACAUGAAGCGCAUCUUCCACUUGACUCGCCUAUUGCAAGAAUAUGCUCGUAUUGUUGGCCCUACUGUUGAUGAAGCCAUUCAAGCAGAAGAACUAUCAAAGACAUUAACUGCUCUCGCAUCUCCUUUCAUCCAAUUCUUGCAAUCAGCCCUGUUAUCUGGAAAAGCACAGAACAAUGCAGUAUUGAAUAUGACUACUGAAUUCAUUGCUGCGUUCUGUUCCAUUUUAUCGAGAUACCAACAAGUCGAUACUACAAAGCGUGUACUGGCUGCCAUCUGGUUUGUUUACACCUUGGUCUACAGUACAGGCGAUAAAGAGUCCCUUGAAGUGCUGUCUAACGCAUUCGCUUCAUGGAUCCAAUCACUGUCCAAGGAACAAUACACCAUUGUAUUGCAAAGCUUUGUUGAACAGGCGGAAGAAGAAGCGGAUAAGCGUCAAGAUGUGGCCAAGAAGCAGCAUCAUUUAGUGUUUCUGUCUCUCUUUUCUCUUUUGUUGACCCAUUGUACUGACAGCGAAAAGGGUCGUCUAAGAAAGCAAAUCCCAUCCUUUGUAUUGAAAAUGUCCCUCAUUGCUGGCAGAACUACCUCUCUGAAGUACUUGCAACACAUGUUGAAGAUGCUUAUCCAGUUAACGGGCGAUCAGUCCUAUCAUUUUAGUGAUUAUGAUGCUUCCAUCAUUCUUUCGUGUCUCUUGCAGGUAGCUCACCCCACAGCACCAGAGAGAUUCAGAGGUCAAAUGAAUCACGACAUUGCUCAAUCUAUCUUUUCAGAUGUAUGCUCUGUCUUAUCUAACCUAGUCAGCCAUCACAAAGAUCAGGUUGUGUACAUGAUGCCUCCCUUUGUUGCCUUUGUGCAAUCUCUGCUGCAUUGCUUUAAAUCAACACAUGUUUCUCUUGUCAGCAGCACGAACACAAUGAACUCCAACAGUAGAAAGCGCAAGCACAACAGCACGACCGACGCCAAAGAGAGCAGCAAAAGCUACACUGGACGCACUAUCCCCUUAAUAUACGAAUUCACACCUUUGGAUGACACAUCGGCACAGCGAUUUGCCCGUAUUUUGACAACGAUACCACAAAAACAACACACUACACAGCAGCAAAAAAACGCAAAGAGUGCACAAACCUUGCAAAAGAUGAUUGCCAAGCACACGCCUUCCAUCCUGAUUGAAUACUUCACUGUGCAAUCCAAUCCUACCAUGAGUGUAGUACAUCCCAGUACGAAAUCCAUCUUGACACAAGCCCUGUAUGAUAUUUUAGAUUUGUGUUCAGAGGCAGAUCGUACCUUUAUUUUGAAUUGUUUAGAUACGCCUGGUAAAGCCUUGUUCAAGAGCUUUUAUACGAACUGGAAGGAUAAUCAUAAAUACACUGGUCAAUAG